AUGGCGGAGCCUAAUUUCACCACCGUCACUCCUCCUCCUCUCCCGUCGGUGGAAAGCGCGCCGCCGCCGCCGAGUAGCUCCCAAACUCGGUUGGUAUCACGUGAGCCCCAGCACGUGAGGAUUACUAGGGACGAUACCUGCUCCUGCUUCGCCGUUGUCUUCAGCUUCUGGUUUUUCGUGUCGGUGACUCUUAUAUUGGGGGUUUAUGGGUCCCUGAUCGUCGAGCUUGGUCCAGAAACUUCUAUUGUUUUCCAACCUAGUCCCCUGUUUGUCCAAUUUGUGAAGGUAGAAAAUUUAGAGGCAAAGUCAAGCCCAGGACCUAUUCUUUAUGGUACAUAUGGAUAUCCACCCCUUGAUGUUGUUACCACUUGGGGAGUGACUCGUAAUGUAUCUCUUCCCUCUGGCUCGCAUAAGGAAUGGAAAUAUUAUCUGAACAAAGGGUCUGAAGUAAAUAUUUCGUAUCACGUGAGCUCUACGAGCUCUUUUGUUUUCCUUAUAAUUGCAGAUGGGUUGGACAGCCUCACUCAGUGGCUAGAGAACCCAACAUAUCCUAAUAUAACUCUGUCAUGGAACAUGAUCCAUGGAAUUGGUAUUAUUUCACAGGAAAUAUUCUGGUCAUCGAGCUAUUAUGUGGCAGUGGGUAAUUUGGAUGAGGAGGUGGAGGUGGAAUUAAACCUCAGUGUAAAGGCCUUUUUGCAUAAUACAACGAACGCAUACUACAAAUGUUCUCUGACUAGUAGUCCAUGCAGUUUGAAUAUUUUUUUUCCAGAUGGAAAUGCAGCUGUGCUAGUUUCUCCAGGUCCACAACAGGAGAACGCAUCCAAUGAGUGGUCUGUCAAAGUGUCCUAUGGACCAAGAUGGGUGACCUAUAUUUUUGGCAUAGCUGGAAUGACUUUGCUUAUGUUAUGGGCCUUCAACCACUUGAACACGCUGCAGUGUGCCCAAGAAGAUAGAGUGGGAGUUACAAUUGAGGAAAUAGCACCUCAAAGAGCCCCUUUGCUUUCUCGUAAAGAUGAUGAUCUCUCAAGUUGGGGUUCAUCAUAUGAUUCAUUGCCACAGGAUGAGGAGGAUCUUGAAUUUCUCCCAGGAGGUUCCAUUGAUGGGAAGUUUUCAGGUAAUGGUGAAACCAGUAAUAAUACCCGGCGUCUUUGUGGAAUUUGCUUUGAUGCUCCAAGGGACUGCUUCUUCCUUCCAUGUGGGCACUGUGUCGCUUGUUUUGCAUGUGGAACUAGGAUAGUCGAGGCAGCUGGUACCUGCCCUGUUUGUCGAAGGAAAAUGAAGAAGGUGAGAAUGAUUUUUACUGUCUGAUCAGUGCACCACCCAGUGUCAGAGCCUCCAUGAAUAACCAUCAGAGUCAUAGAUUACAUUUUAUGUACUCAAUACACAUUAUUUUCCUGCCAACCAUUAACAAUGAUCAAGCUAAUGGUGCCUGCUGGUAAGGAUCU